UGGAGGCGAGCAAUGAGCUCAUUCUCCCAGGAGGGAGCAGGGCUCACAGAGCAUCACUGGGAAACUGCAGCCUGUGCGUGAAAUACGUCCUCAGUCUGUCUCUGCUUCUGCCAGCCUGAUUCUUUACUUUUGGGGGUGUGUACAUGGUGGGAAAGAAAAUGUAGAUGAAAAGCAACAGGAAAGAGAAACCUCAAGCCUCAGAACGGAGGGUUCUCUCUGCUGGGGAUCACACCAUCUCACAAUGUCAAAGAAGGGUGCAGGCAGCCGAGCUAAGGGAGACAAACCUGAUGCCUUAGCUGCUUUACAAGCUGCCAAUGAAGAGCUCAGGUCCAAACUGACAGACAUUCAAAUCGAACUUCAGCAUGAAAAGAGUAAGGUGAGCAAGUUGGAAAGAGAGAAAACACAGGAAGUGAAGCACGAGCAACACAAGUCCACAGUGGUCGUGACGGAACUCAAAGCCAAGCUUCACGAAGAGAAAAUGAAGGAGUUGUACUCUGUGAGAGAGACGCUGUUAAGACAGCAUGAAUCCGAGCUUCUCCGAGUCAUCAAAAUCAAGGACAGCGAGAUCCAGCGGCUGCAAGCGCUUGUCAAUGCCUUACGGGAUGGAACCACUGACAAGGUGAAAACGGUGCUGUUCACCGAGGCUAAAGAGGAGGCCAAGAAGGUGUUUGAGUUUGAGAAGGUUCGAAUGCAGCAGGAGAUUUCUGAACUCAAGGGAGUUAAGAAACACAUGGAGGAGACUUUGACUCUGGCUAUUCAAGCUGACAAAAUGAAGGCUGUAGAGAUAAGGAGCGUCUACCAUCUGCACCAGGAGGAGAUAUCCAGAAUCAAAAGGGAAUGUGAAAGGGAAAUCCGGAGACUGAUGGAUGAGAUUAAAUUAAAAGACAGAGCAGUCUACGUGCUGGAAAAAGAGUUGGGGGUUCAAGCUGGGCAAGCUCAGAGAUUCCAGCUCCAAAAAGAGGCUUUAGAUGAACAACUUGUCCAAUUCAGAGAGGCUGAUCGACAUCUGAGUAGCCCGAAACGAGAGGUUCCUUAUACAAGUGGUGCAGGAGAUGCCUCAGAUCACUCGGGAAGUCCUGAACAGCAGUUGGAUGAAAAAGAUGCACGGAGAUUCCAGCUUAAAAUUGCUGAAUUGAGCUCAAUCAUCAGAAAGCUGGAAGAUCGAAACACAUUACUGUCGGAGGAAAGAAACGAACUCCUCAAACGGCUGCGUGAAGCAGAGAGUCAAUACAAACCGAUCCUGGAUAAAAACAAACGGCUCAGCAGAAAGAAUGAAGAGUUCGUCCAUGCCUUACGUCGUGUGGAGAACAAACUGAAAUUUGUCACCCAGGAGAAUAUGGAGAUGAGGGAAAGAGUGGGAACGAUUAGACGUCCAAGCUCCUUGAAUGACCUCGAUCAAAGUCAAGAAGAGCAAGAGAUUGAAUUUCUGAGGCUGCAGGUUAUUGAACAGCAGAAUAUCAUUGAUGAUCUUUCUAAGGCGAUGGAAACUGCUGGAUAUGUAAAGAGUGUCAUAGAGCGUGACAAGAUACUGAGGUACCGAAGACAGAGAAAGAAAAUCGUAAAGCCAUUUAAGCCAGUGGUGGAGACAUUCUUUGGGUAUGAUGAAGACGCCUCUUUGGAUUCUGAUGGUUCUUCAAUCUCAUGUCAAACUGACAGGACACCCUGUACUCCUGUUGAUGACAUGGAAGAAGGCAUGGCCAAAGAAGAAACUGAACUGCGUUUCCGCCAGUUAACUAUGGAGUACCAGGCUCUCCAGCGGGCAUAUGCACUAUUGCAAGAACAGGUUGGAGGAACAUUAGAUGCAGAAAGAGAAGUUAAGACACGUGAACAACUGCAAGCUGAAAUAGUUCGAUUUCAAACAAAAAUAGAAGAUCUUGAGAAAACGUUGGCAGAGCAAGGGCAGGACAUGAAAUGGAUUGAGGAGAAGCAAGCUUUGUAUCAGAGAAAUCAAGAGCUUGUGGAGAAGAUUAAGCAAACGGAGACGGAGGAGACACGCCUAAAACAUGACAUCCAGGAUGUUAAAGACCAAAAUGAACUUUUAGAGUUCCGUAUCCUAGAACUUGAAGAACGAGAGAGAAGAUCACCUGGGAUCAACUUUCACCACAUUCCAUUCACAGAGGGGAGGAGUCCGCUCCAGGUGUACUGUGAGGCAGAGGGGCUCGUGGAUAUUGUAGUAGCUGAUCUGAUGAAAAAGUUGGAUAUUUUAGGAGAUAACGCAGUAAGUAACUUGACCAAUGAAGAGCAAGUAGUUGUCAUUCAAGCAAGAACAAUCCUGACUUUAGCGGAAAAGUGGCUCCAGCAAAUAGAAGUCAUUAAAUCGGCUUUGCAACAAAAAAUGCUGGAUCUUGAAAAUGAAAAGGCGCUCUUCAGUAAACAGAAAGGAUAUUUGGAUGAAGAACUAGACUACAGGAAGCAAUCGAUGGAUCAGGCUCACAAGCGGAUCCUUGAGUUGGAGGCCAUGCUGUACGAUGCACUGCAGCAGGAGGACAGUGCUAAGAUGUCUGAGAUCCUGUCCGAAGAGGAGAGGGGGACUCUGAAAAGAGCGGUGGAGCAGUGGAAGCGGCAGGUCAUGAGUGAGCUGAGAGAGCGGGACGCUCAGAUCCUGAGGGAGAGGAUGGAGCUGGUUCAUCACGCACAACAGAGAAAUAAAGAACUUGAAGAAAGAAUAGAAGCACAGAAACGACAGAUAAAAGAACUGGAAGAAAAGCUUUCAUUCUUUGGUCAUAGUUCUUCCAGUCUGCCAGAGAAGGUAUGUCAUUCUUUUCUAAAAGAAAACAUUACUGGUACUUCAUAGUGGAUUAAAGAUGAAGUUAUCAGAUUCAGAUAUGGUCUACAACAGUCUUCCCAGGCCACUACAAGGUUUGAGUGUAGGUCUGUCUCAUCAAGCUCCCAAGGAAGUUUACUGUAUGUUAGUAGAUUUGACCUUUCCUCGAUCAUUCUUGCUGUCAGAAUCCUUUAGAGCAGUUGAGGGUGGAACUGUUCUCCAGAGAUCAUUCCUUUUGAGGACCUUAAAAUAUCAGUAUUGAUGCAGCAUCCACCAGCAAACUCUUUGCUGUCUUUUUAUUGUGACAAGCAACAGGGAGUUGCAGCUUGUGUGUAUUUCAGAACACAUGUCAGUUUGGCAAUUUGUAUAAUAAAUCAACCAGUCAUGUGAGGGACAGUCCAUUUUUACAUAGAGAGUAAGAGUGUGCUACAUAUGUAUCUGUCUGUAUUAAAGCAAUGUUUUUAAGUCAACAGGUGAAUAUAUACAUGUGUGUAUCUUACUAAAGUUGGCACUCGUUGGCCAAGACAAGAAAACUAAAGAAAAAUAUAAAAACACUGGAAAGACACUUGUGGUCUUCAAAGAAGAAAAAUCAGAUGGAGAGAAGCCAAGAGAGCCAUGGUGCAUUUUUUGUUACCCGUACUAAAGAAGAGGCCAAACGUGUAUACACAGCAACAAUGCUGGAGUGUGUGUUUACCUUGCAAAACAAUUGUGACUUUGAAAGACACAAGAUCAGAGAAGAAGCUGCUGAAAAUUAUAUUGUUUAGCUAGUGAUGAAACGUUUUCUAAAAUCAAAGACCAGGAGAGCAGUAAUAGUAUCUUUACUGAAGAUGCUGAUUAAGAAAUCUUGGAUUUUAGUGAAUGCAAUUUAAGAACACUUAAAUUGAUGAUUGUUCCUGCUGGGCAGGUUAGUAAACAGAGCUGCUUUUGUAUAGAAGCUUGAACAAAUAAAAGAGACAUACCCUACUUCCAACCUCUGUACCCAGAGUAAUCUCAGUAAACAUGUAAAACUAAUGAUGACAGCCUUCCUCAGUUUGAAAACAGCUGAUUUUAUUGAAAGAAUGACAAGAUGAAUGAGUCAUCUAACAAUAAGCCAACCAACAGUGAAAGUACAUCUUGAAAACAGGAUAUUGAACACGUUUUAUAAUCAAUAUAUCAGAAGAUUUGUACCAAGGAGCUGUAUGUGUUCCUCUGAGUGACUGUGCAGCAGCAUUUCACAGUAUUCUAAAGCAGAGAAGGCUUGAUAUGGAGAUGUUUACCUCAAUCUUGUGGUGCUUCUGAAACGAAGAUCAAAGAACUAGCAAAAGGAAAGUCAGUUAGCUCUCUCUUAUUGACAAAAAGGCAAGGGCCUCCAGUUGAGAAAUUUGUAAAUGAGAUCAGGACUGUAACAUAAUUUAUAUUUAACAUAUAUAUAUAUAUAUAU